AUGCCUUGGCUCCUUGCUGGUGAUUUUAAUGAAAUGCUCAAUGUAGAUGACAAGGUUGGAGGAUCUCAUUUAUGUAGACUCAAAGGGUUCAAGAAGUGGUUUGAUGAUCAUAGUAUGGUUGAUUUAGGCUAUUCGGGGCCUAAAUUUACUUGGAGCAAUAAAAGAAUCUUUGAAAGACUGGAUAGAGCUGUGUGUAAUACUCAAUGGAGGCAAACCUUUGCUGAUGCUUUUGUUCAGCAUCUGCCAAGGACCAAGUCUGAUCAUUGCCCCAUUAAAAUUAGUCUCAAAUCUCGAAUGGUUUCCUGUCCUAACAGUAGACCUUUUAGAUUUGAGGCCAUGUGGUUGAAGCAUGAGCAAUUUCAAAAUUUUGUGAUUCCAAAGUGGGAACAAGGGGCUGGGUCGGCUCUGCAUAAAUCUUGGGAUUUGGUGGAACCUCUGAAGCAGUGGAAUGUGGCUGUUUUUAGGCAUUUAAAGCAAAGAAAAGUGAAGCUUCUAGCUCGGCUCAAUGGUAUUCAAAAGGUGUUGCAUCACAGGUCUAAUAGAUCUCUCAGUCAGUUGGAAGAAUCUCUUGUUACAGAGUAUAAUGCCGUUCUUGAGCAGGAGGCCUUAUUUUGGCAACAGAAAUCAAGGAUAAAAUGGCUUCAAGAAGGUGACCGUAAUACUAAGUUCUUUCAUCUAACCACCAUUGUUAGAAGAAGGAAAAAUAGGAUUGAAAAGCUGAAAAAUGAUAAUGAUUUGUGGGUAGAGGAGGCUGAAGGUUUAAAAGAGCUUGCUGUGAAUUAUUUUCUAGGCCUCUUCUCUAUGACUCCCAGGGAUCACAGUGGGCUAUCCAUGCCUAAUCUGUUUCCCAGUAUCAAUGAUGUUGAUUUGAAUGGUCUGGUGGCUCGUGUUGAUAUUAGUGAAGUCAAGGAAAGUCUCUUCAAUAUAGGUGGUCUCAAAGCACCUGGAGUGGAUGGGUUUCCUGCUUGCUUCUACCAAAAUCAGUGGAAUAUGUGUGGUAAUGACAUUUAUGACCUGGUUUCUCAAGUUUUCAGGGAGCGUCACAUUCUCAAAGGUUUGAAUGCUACUCUCAUCACUCUAGUUCCUAAAUUGGCUAACCCUGUUUCUAUGAUGCACUUUCGCCCUAUCAGCCUAUGCUGCACUCUUUAUAAAGUGAUUUCUAAAGUGAUUGUUGCUAGGCUGAGGCAUAUUCUGCCUAAGCUAAUCAGUCCCCAUCAG